CGACUUCCUUCCUUCCGCCCUCCAUUGCUUUUCCCGAGAAAUGGCGUCAGGCUUGGGGAGACUGCUUUUGCGGGGGCCUCGCUGCCUCCUGUCACCGGCCACUCCCACUCUCGUCCCACCAGUUCGGGGCAUGAAAAAGGGAUUCCGUGCCGCCUUCCGGUUCCAGAAGGAGUUAGAGCGAUGGCGCCUGCUCCGGUGCCCGCCGCCGCCCGUGCGCCGUUCAGAGAAGCCCAACUGGGAUUACCAUGCUGAAAUACAAGCAUUUGGACAUCGGUUACAAGAAACCUUUUCCUUAGAUCUUCUCAAAACUGCAUUUGUUAAUACCUGCUAUAUUAAAAGUGAGGAGGCCAAGCGCCAAAACCUUGGCAUAGAGAAAGAAGCUGUUCUUCUGAAUCUUAAAGACAAUGAAGAACUCGCUGAACAAGGGACGUCUUUUUCAAAAACUUGCCUCACACAGUUUCUUGAGGAUGCAUAUCCGGACUUGCCCACUGAAGGCAUUGAAAGUCUUGUUGACUUUCUCACUGGUGAGGAAGUGGUAUGUCACGUGGCCAGAAACUUAGCUGUGGAGCAGUUAACACUGAGUGCAGAAUUUCCAGUUCCUGCACCUGUUUUACAGAAGACUUUCUUUGCAGUGAUUGGAGCCCUGCUACAGAGCAGUGGCCCCGAGAGAACUGCUCUUUUCAUCAGGGACUUCUUAAUUACUCAGAUGACCGGAAAAGAACUUUUUGAGAUUUGGAAGAUAAUAAAUCCCAUGGGGCUGCUGGUAGAAGAGCUGAAGAAAAGGGCUAUUUCAGCUCCUGAAUCUAGACUUACCAGGCAGUCUGGAAGUACCACAGCUUUGCCAGUGUUUUUUGUUGGCUUAUACUGUGAUAAAAAGUUGAUUGCAGAAGGACCUGGGGAAACAGUGCUGGUUGCAGAAGAAGAAGCAGCUCGAGUGGCACUUAGGAAACUCUACAGGUUCACUGAGAACAGACGGCCCUGGGACUAUUCCAAGCCCAAAGAGAAUUUAAGAGCAGAAAAGACUGUCAUUGCCAGCUAACCUGUCAAAAUUGUGGCAGCCUGAAAUUUGUGAGCCAGAGAAUGAGAUAAAUGUUGAAGGUGUUCGAAGCUGGAUAUUUUUCAAAUUGUAAAUAAAUAGGUCUUAUUUCUCAUAAUGAGUUCCUAAAAUUAAAUAAUAUUUAUCAGGUCA